GUCUUCGCCUCUUCAAGCUGUGGGUGUGGCAGCAUGUUGGCUGUCCCGACUCGCGCUCGCUUGCACGCCUUGCGAGUGAGCGUUGGGCGCGAGAGUCACAUGCCGUUUGCGCUCGCCGCGAUGAUGGACGAGGCGGGACCCAAGGAGACUGAGAUUGGGGUUGAGUCGAGCGAAGACCUCCAGUACAGCGGCGACGGGUGUCUCGAGGAACCCGUCAAGACGAGGGACCCCAAGAACGUCAACGAACACCUGAAGAUCAGCUUCGAGGACGUCAUCGCCGAGCCCAGGGACCUGCACAGCUUCGACAAGGUGUGGGUGUGGAGCGACGCCCUCUACGAGGUGGCGCGCAUCUGGUCGUACCGAGUCGUCUCGCUCCUCUUCGCCGUGCCCCUCGCCGUCAUCUCGGCCCUCGUGUUCGCCGUGCUCAGCUGCGUGCACAUCUGGUGCGUGAUGCCGUGCGUGCGUACCUGUCUCAUCUGCAUGCCCAACGUGAGAACCCUCUGGGCGUCGGUGGUGAACACGCUGGUGAUGCCGCUGUGCGACAGCGCGGGCCGAUGCUGCAGCUCCGUCUACGUGCACGUGGCUCGUGAAUGACACCACCACCACCACCAUCACCAUGACGACGACGACGGCAGCAACCACACCACAGCGAGCAACAACCAACGACAACAUCUCUACGUUGUGUCCUGGCUUGUAGUGGAAUAGUGUUGCUGAACAGUCAGAACCCCCCACCUCGCUCCACCCCCCCCCCCCUCUUAUACAAUAGAGGUUAUUAUUAUUAUUAUUGUUAUGAUUAUUAUUUCCCAAGUUCUUAUAGAGUCAUGUCAAGAAAAUGUUGGUCACAUUUCUAUCGAAAUCCGUUGAAGCAUCCCGUAAAUCACGUGACUUAUGCGUUGCCACCCCAACCCUGAAUUCCUCCCCUCCCCAUCUAUAUAUCUCUACCUCUAUAUCCAAAUCAGCUCAAGCAUCCCUUACAUCACGUGGCUUCCGCGUGGCCACCCCCACUCUGAACCCCUCCCCUCUCCCCGCCGCCCGCUGUGAAAACAGACGCCGCUCCUCCUCCAUGCAUCAGCAGCGUCGAGGCCCUGAUGCAGCCUCUCCCUCCUCCCUCUCCUCACUCUCUGCUCCUCUUUCUCCAUUCCUUUCCCAUCCUCUUUCUCUAGCGUCCGAUUCCUUCUUCUCUCUUCCGUUCCUUUCUCCUUUUCCCCACGCAUUGCAUCCCUGACUCUGCUCCCCUUCCCGCGGUGUGGCCACGGGCUACAACUGCUGCUAGUUCGUAGCAGUCACGCGAUGGGCCUCUUCCCUCGCAGGCACAGGUGGCGAGAGGUAGAGCAGAACGCAUCGUGAGUGACAAAUCGUAGGUAAGCAGACAACAUGCGUCUCUCCAUGUAUCUGCCUCUCUUCACAACAUUUUUGUUUUUUUACACAACCCAACUUUCCCACGGCUUUCUAGGGAGAGCAUCACUUCAGCAGUAUUGAUUCAAUUCAAGCAAAACCUCAUGCACCGCUUUAGACCCACAGUGUCUCAACGGCAGAAUGAGGCUUUGCUCGAAUCAAGUCCAAUCCACCCGGCACCUCCGAUUAGCACGGUUGGCUACGUACGGUGCGAAAAAAAGUUAUUCAACUUACACACGGACAAUUCCCUUCCACAACGACUCCAGUGAUUAUUUUGCAGAAUGCAUGACAGGCUGUUUAGUGUUUAAAGUUGGUUUAACAUUGACCGUGUCGUAACCCCCCCCCGCCCUCUAAGUUUAAUAUCGCCUCCGCCCCCAACCCCUCGCACCCCCACCUUGAACCAAGGAGACGCUACACUGCGGUGUUCUUCAUUGCAAGCCCCGCGGGCCCCUGACGGCCUCUGAUGGCCUUCAGUGCGGCCCCCGUCGCACCCCCAUCGCGCUGACAAACCCCAAAGGCUUCAAAUGCGUGGCGGCCCUCACGCUGAUGAUGUCUUAUCGGCCAAAGUCUCCCCCUCCCCCCCUCCACUCCACACCAUCUGUGAAAAUGAGUGUAGAACACCGGUGUAUAUAACACACGUGACGUAUCAUGGGAGGGAGACGGAGGAUAUCUCGCAGUGGCAGAAAAUGUGGAGAAUUUCAGUGCUGUACUGUGCAUGUAAACGCAUGGUCGUCUCGAGUUUGUAUGCACGUUGAACUUAUUUCGCAUAGUACGUAGCCAACCGUGCUCAUCGGAGCUACGGGGGAAAGACAGCAACACUAAGCACAAACAUUCACUUCUAAAUAAAUGCGUUUUCAAUCGAGAUGUACUAUUUACGCAGCGGACACAUCAGGCAGGGCUUUAUUGAAGACGACUUAACAGAUUUCCCAGGACGGCAGCUAUCUCUAUACCUCCCUUGUGGGUAGUGAAUUCAUGAAUAAUGACGACAGAACAAGGGGAUGGCAACCAGAAGCGUGUCAUGCAGUUGUCCCUUGAAACAAUAAAUAAAGACACGCGACUGCUACUACUUGUACUUAAACACUAGGGGUUGGAAUAACAGAUGCAUCGUUGUAGCGAUUCAGAUCAAUUUUUAAGUAUCAUGAUGUACGCACAGAGUGGCUCAAAAAGUUAGGACACAUAGGGUUAUUAUAUUCAUUUUAAUAAACCACGUGGGGUUAUUUAAUUUACGUUAACAAAUGUACAAACUGACUGCCAUUCACAUUAAUGCAAACAUGACAUUUUCUUUUUAAAUUAAUUUAGGACUUUUUAAAGAGUAAAGCUGCCUUCUUUAGCAUACGUAAAAAAAAGAAUAAUUGAAACUCGUUCGUAUCUCGUCAAUUUUCUUUCCACUUUUAAAAGUGCCAUCUGAAAACGAUGAUGAGAAAUAUAUAUUAAUAAUUAUCAUAUAUAAAAGGUGAAGUUAAAAAAUAAACUAUAAAAAAAUGUUAUGCCAGUUUUAUGAAUAAAUGCAAUAACCCAAUGUGUCCUGACUUUUGGGCCACCCUGUACAUAUCCAUCGAGUAUUGUGUGUGUGUGUGUGUGAGAGAUGAGCGUUGCUGGUUCAUACAAGCUAUGCGCGAAGGGCAAGCUCACGUUAUCAUGUGUGGGCUAUUGGAGGGAAUGGAAAGUGUACAAAUGAGACAGAAGAAAGAUGACACUUCCGGACUAUGGAAGGAUGCACGGGGGAACUGGCGAACUCCACCACGUGGUAGGGUCGUAGGUCAGUUGUCUACAGGUAAGAGUGCAGGCUGUGUGUGUACGGGUGAACGUAGAGAGUCGUUGUGAAAGGUACGGGUACGUUGUACGUGGAUCUCAAGUUGAGUUGAUGGCCUCACGCCGAUAACCGAAACAACUCGUGGCGUUUAAGUAGUUUCCGUCGCUUCAAUUUAACAUGCCCAGGCUUUCGCGACCGAUAUUGUAAUUGUAUGACUGAUCUUUGUGUCAGAUCGCGGCGUAGGUAAAAAUGUGUGUCAUACACCCUCCUCCACCCGACACGGCCAAGUUGGAUUGCUCUCCCAACACACACACACCGGUGGUGGUGGUGGUGGUGCUGCUGAAGCAGUAACUAGACUGGCACGUUUGUUCAACACGUGACAACUUUGUUAAACUUGCUGCGGUCGGGUGGAGGAGAGUGUACGACACAUUUUAAUUACGCGGUGUUCUGUCCCAAAAAAAAAAAUCAACGGUAGAUUUUUUUUUCCACUUAAUUUGGCAAAACUUCCACGUCUGAUAAUUUAGAAAAUAUUGUUUUACUGCCGCGUGAUUGAACACUUCUUCUUCUCUGCAGAAAGGCAUGUGUGCAGAAAGCGGCAGCGCCAGAAGGGAAAAAAAGUCACGCAAAACGAUCUCAGACGUAGUUCUGCGAUGCCUCUUUCCACGAGGCAGUUCUAUAACACACGGGGUAAUGUACUGCUCUCUCUCUGACGAUUCCGAACGGACAUAUUUUCGUCUCACACAGACAACGGCCUCUAGGACACGCGGAAUAAAAAACAUGGGAGGAUAAAAAAAAAUAUUCAAUCUCAUUUAAAACGAAAUGACGAAUUACAGUUCACAAAUGUCAUUUCAACUGCAUCAUGGUGAAGCCGACGUUUUCACUGAGUGGCCACGCUGCGCCCAAUGUGAUUAAACGUGUUUGGCGACCGGUGUAAUGGCACGAUUAUAAUUCCCACUGUUAGCGUCGUAUAUAUAAAAAAAUAACGUCAAAAUGUUGCUUGCUUUUUCUACCAUUUCUCCGGGUUUCUGAAAAAAAAUCACGUGAAAUUAUUUCCCCCCCCCCCCCCGGCGUGACAACUCAAUUUGAUUUGCUCUGUCGGGUGGCGGAGGGCAUAGCUGAAAAUUGGCCUUGUACUCAUCAUCAUCAAGUACGACGACGCCUGUCUCAGCUUAAGUCUCGUCGCGGCUUCAACGCCCCCCACCCACCCCAGAAACAAAUAUUCGCACGAAACCACUGGGCCACCCAUGUCCAUAUGACACAAGUUUACGAGUAAUCGCGUCUGUAUUUAUAAUGUAAGGCAAGACGGUGGGAGUCUGUGAGAGGUAACCUUUUUGAGGAGGCGGGGGGGGGGGGGGGUGGAUCUGGUGUCAUAUUUACAAAAUGCAACGGGAUCUGGCAGAAGGAAGGAAGCGAUGAAAGAGGGCGUGGUGGCACCGACAACAUUGACCACGAUGACCCCUUGAUCCUGUUCCAUCAGCAGAAUGAAUAUUCGUUUGUCCCCAUUGAACAUUGGAUGCCACUUAUUUUAUAUGUACCCCCCAAGUUGGGAGCUCGAGGUUAAGGGUUAGGUAUCAACUGCAACAGGGCCCACGGGACGGAGGGGUCCACGUGCCGGGCCAGGUGGAUAUGAAGAGGGAUAGGGAUAUUAGACAAGGUGGCCACACUUCAUUUAUUGCACCGGGACAUAUGUCACACUUACACCACUGGGAGAGGGUUAUGACCCUACAUUUGGUUAAAACAAAACAGGACCAAACGGAUCAUAUGAAGAGGUCAAAAGAUGAAGGCUUGAGUUGAAAUGCAUUGAUAUAGACUGGCUUAAAUGUUGAGUAAAAAAAAAUAGACUGUCUAAAUUUCCAAUAUGGGUUCCUAGGAGGAGCGAAUAUUCGUCCCUGGUGGAACAUUUACGGUAAGUCCUCACUUAACGUGCGGUGUUCACGCAGCACAUCUUCGCCGUGACGUGGUUCUUCCAUUGGGGAACACUUUUCGCACAACACGGAACGCGCCCGUUAUAACGCAGAACGCGCACCAUUAUAACGCGGAACGUGCCCGUUAUAACGCGGUUUACAAGCGAUCAACAACGAACUACUUUCUUGAGCUGCGUGGCUGAGCGGUACAGUGAUACAGUACGCGGAGUGAUACAGUAACGCGGCGGCAUACCCUCAGUCGUUUGUCCGGCCAUCUCACUGUGCGUGCGUAAUAAUAGUACAUCGUAUCUCGCCAAAAUGUAUCUUUACAUUAUUUAUGGGGGAAGUUAUUUUCGCUCAACGCAUUUUUUGCUCAACGUCACACUUUUCAGGAACGCAUCUACCGCGUUAAACGAGGACUGACUGUGCACAUGGUGGGGGUGGACAUGUACUCUCUGCUGCCACCAGCAUUGUUGCGUUCACACGUAGAAUUGCCAAGGCCCGUCGCCUGAAUGUAACCUCGUUUCUUAAUUAACAGCAAUAAACGUUUUGUGACGAUGA